AUGCACUCAUUUCUAUGCUUUGUAUCAGUCAUCCUGCUCACGUCCUUGCCUGCACUUGGUCAGGUAGAUUCCGACCCUCUUGACUCUGAAGUCGACACAAGUGUUCCCCCUACCUUGACAGCUCAGCCAACCAACACCGGCUCCAGGACAUAUCAGGUCAAUCCUGCCGACUCGACUGAAAGUGUUGGGACCCAGAACAAACUUGGCACCUUACUGUACGGAUAUGAUGGCUGUGACAACGCUGAUUGGGAGGAAUACUACUAUGGUUACAUCGAUGAGGGAUACUAUGAUUCCUGGCUCAUUGCCAAUGCUGCUGGUGUCAAGUCAGGCAUUAACUUUAACUCUGCGCCCGCUGUGGAAUAUUUAGGACCCCCCGGCUUGAACGGCCCCCAACAGAAACAGAUGCAAGCGGUCUUCGCCAACAUGGCUACUAUGAUCUACAGCUACAAGAAUCCGGUGCAACACUGGCUCCACGUGCGGUGUGACGAUCCUUUGAAAAGAUGUCAGAGACGACCACCAGGUAACCCUUGCGUACCGAACCCACAAAAUCCAGGCCAGCAACCAAGACCUACACCCUUUGCCUACUCUCGAAACUCAGACCCAGACGACGGAUACCCAAUGAUCAACUUCUGCAGAGGGUACUUCAAACGCGACAGCCUAGCCAGUAAGCUUGCUACCGGGACUGCUCUACCAGUUCCCGAUAGGUACAACCUCGCAAAUUACAAUUCCAGAGCUCAAACGUUCUUUCACGAGUUGACUCAUUUGGAUCUCGCGGCCGAUUCUCCGAGCCCCAACCCGUACGUAAAUGAUCUUACUAUUGCAAUCGAUCUCAACAGCGGUACUGGCAUUCCAGCCACAGUCUAUACAGUGGCAUACGGCACGGCCAACGCUAAAAUUCUGGCUCGCUACCAGGAGAAUACGGGUUACUAUACUCAACAAAACGCGGAUAAUCUUGCAUACUACGCGCUAGCAUUAUAUGUUAUGUCAAAGAAUGGCAAUAUCUAUCCGCACCUUCCCCUCGUAACGAGUGAGCUUAACGGUCCGCCAUGGAAAGAUGUCCCGAUUGGCACAGUCGCAGAAUUCAUCACGGGCGGAGACAAAACGUACUUGAACGGCACCGCAGACCAGCUUGCUGCAUUGGGCAUUGAUAUUAGUAGUAGUACUGAUGAUCAGGACUAUCCCGGAUGUGUAGAUAACGAAAACCAGCUCGGUCCCAAGGCUGGAACCGCUUUGACCAUCUCCGCUCUGGCCCCCAGCUCAGCCUACCCAUCCGAUUACAUCAGCUCCGUCUCCUCCUGGCUCUCAGACCUCGGCGUCCAGACCAUCGCCACUCCACCAAGCACGAAGACCACAACCACCAAGCCCACCAAGCCCACCACUUCCUCAAGCACGACGACCACCACAUCCCCACAGGCAAGCCCCACCUACGCCAAGGGCACUUGCUCCUUCCACCUCGACGAGUACUGGGACUGCGACACCGACGACAAAGACCUCUACGCCACACUCAAACUCCUCGACAACGACAAAAACGUCAUCGGCCAGACGGACAAUGAUCCCAGCGUCCUGGGUGUGAGUAUCAACGCCGACAAUUCGCUGAGCCUGCAGAGCAAAUUGCCGUAUCCGCUCGUCAUUGUGGGCGAGCACCAGGGCGAUUAUGUCCGAUUCACGUACGACCACCUCUCCUGGACCAGCAAUACGCCGUCCGGUGGGGCCAAGUGCAAAGCCGGGGGUUGGAACCCGAGGGGUGGGCCUGUGUGCGACGGAGGCAAGGUUGGGAUCUUGACGAAUUCGGAACGGCAGAUGGAUUGUUCUUUUCCGUGCUGA